CACCACCACACCCCCUCACACUCCCACCGCUAUCCACUCAAGCUCACCUGUGCUGCCGCCGCCGCCCCUCCUCUCCGACGCGACCGUCACCGGAGCCGCCCUCCUCGCCCGCUCACGCACGCCUCAUGCUCCCAUGGUUCGCGGCUCCCUCCUGCUCCAAACCCUAAGCCCCCGUCCCCCUCGCGCCACCUGCUCACCUCUCCCCCUCCAUCUCCCGCGGGACUCCUCCCCGGCCGUCACUACGCCGUCCGCGCCGACCGCGGCCUCCGCCCCGCCGCUCGAAGACUGACUCCGCCUCCUGCGCGGCGAGCGCGACAGAAGCUGGCGGGCCUCUUCAGAGUCAACCUCUUCACCUCACCCAGAGUGGAUGAAGCUACAUCAAGUUCAACAAAAGAUGCCCGGUUGGGAGAGCCAAGCAGGAUUGCAAGAGCAAAGAUGCUCAGAUCAAGAGCAUGGAAGAAACAAUCCAAUCCCUUGAAGCCAAGAACAAGGCAAAGGACCUGCUCACUAUGAAUCUCCAAGAUAAGAUCAAGGAGUUGGAGUCGCAGCUGCUGGUUGAGAGGAAGAUAGCGAGGCAGCACGUGGACAACAAGAUCGCCCAAGACGUCGAGCGAAAGCAGCAGCAGCAGCAAAGCCUCAAGAUGGAAGAGAGCAACACACAUUUGAGAAACCCCAUGUCAGAGAGGAACCUCAACGCCACCAUGGAGAUCCUGAGCAUUUUUAAUAGAGAUCCACACGAUUCAUAUUGAUAAUAUCACACUCAAAGAUAAGUGGUUGUGUAAUAGCAAAACAACCUAAAAUUUGGCAACAAGACAAUAGUUAGUAUUUUUGUUCUUCUUUAUCAAGUCACUGUCAAUGCAUCUUCCUCUUGUAUUUGGUCGAACCUUCACGUUGUCUCUUGUUAUUUCCAGCUUGAAUAGGUGCAGCUUUGACAAAGUAUAGGAUGGGCAGAUGUCACGAAAGGAAUAAUCAUGGUUUUUGAAGACUGAUAAUACUCCCUCGAGUACUACACAGCAAAAAAACUCAGCAUUUGCUUGUAGCUGCUGAUGGGUAUGCAUUGGAGAGACUAACGCUGCUUUCUGAACUCAAUCAAUGUAAAGACGUUGCGAGUAAACAAAGUUCCAAAUACUUUGGCGCUGGCUGAACAACACCAUUUCCACCAGAUCAAGACGGUGGUAUAUACAUCCGAAUUCGAACCAAAGAGUGCCUUAAAAGGAGGGAAUUAGCAGGGCAAGGAAAGAAUAAUGGAAGGGCACGGCCGGCCGGCCAGGAUGGUGCUCGCGGAGCUGGGCGGGAGCAUCUCCCGCGCGCUGGCGCGGAUGAGCAGCGCGACGGUGGUCGAUGAGAGCGUGCUCCGGGAGUGCCUCAACGAGAUCGCGCGGGCGCUCAUGCAGUCCGACGUCCGGUUCAAGACGGUCUGCGACCUGCAGGCCAACAUCAGGAAGACCGUCAACCUCGAGGCCCUCGCCGCCGGCACCAACAAGCGCCGCAUUAUAGAGACCUCCGUCGGGAAGGAGCUCUGCAAGAUGCUGGAUACCGGGAAGCCCGCCUUCGUCCCCAAGAAGGGCAAGCCCAACGUCGUCAUGUUCGUCGGAUUGCAAGGCUCUGGAAAAACAACCACCUGUACCAAGUACGCGCACUAUCAUCAGCGCAAGGGAUUUAAGCCGUCGCUGGUUUGCGCCGACACGUUCAGAGCCGGUGCUUUUGAUCAGUUAAAGCAGAACGCAACCAAGGCCAAGAUACCCUUUUACGGAAGCUACAUGGAGUCAGAUCCUGUCAAGAUUGCUGUUGAGGGCCUGGAAAAGUUCAGGCAAGAGAAAUCUGAUCUCAUUAUCAUCGACACGAGUGGGCGCCAUAUGCAGGAGGCUGCACUCUUCGAGGAGAUGCGCCAAGUUGCUGAAGCAACGAAACCAGACCUGGUGAUAUUUGUGAUGGAUGGCAGCAUUGGUCAGGCUGCCUUUGAUCAGGCACAGGCAUUCAAACAGAGUGCUUCCGUUGGUGCUGUGAUUGUCACGAAAUUGGAUGGUCAUGCGAAGGGAGGCGGUGCACUGAGCGCGGUUGCAGCUACGAAAAGCCCGGUGAUAUUCAUUGGAACUGGAGAACACAUUGAUGAUUUUGACGUUUUUAACGUGGAACCAUUCGUCGCCCGUCUGCUAGGUAGAGGAGACUUGCCUGGCUUAAUCGACAAGAUGGAGAGUAUUGUGCCUGCUGAUCAACAAUCUGAGCUUGUGGCAAAGCUGUCUGAAGGAGCCUUCACUCUCAGACUUCUGUAUGAGCAAUUCCAGAAUCUUCUGAAAAUGGGACCAAUGAGCCAGAUCUUCUCCAUGCUGCCUGGGUUUAGCUCGGAGUUGAUGCCAAAAGGACAGGAGAAACAAAGCAAAGAAAAGUUCAAGCGGUACAUGACAAUUAUGGACUCCAUGACACCUGCAGAGCUCGACAGCACGAACCCGAAGCUGAUGACCGAGUCGCGAAUCAUCCGGGUCGCUCGAGGGUCCGGCAGGAAAGUCAAGGACGUGAUGGAGAUGCUGGAAGAGUACAAGCGACUAGCCAAGAUGUGGAGUAAGCUGAAUGUAUCGAAAUUGAUACCGCCGAAUGGAAAGAUGAGUGCUCAGGCCAUCCAGAAGAUGCUCAAAGUCAUGCCGCCACAAGUGGUGCAGCAGAUGGGGGGCAAAAGUGGCUUGGAGGCUCUCCUGAAACAAUUGGGCGGAGGCAAGGACACGAGCAAAAUGCUUGCUGGCAUGAGGGGUGGUGCUUAGUCUUGCAAAUGUAGGUGGUGCGCUUGCUGCAUUGUAGAAUUUCUCUCCUGACAAGAAGAUACUGCAGUAUAUGUUUUCCUAACUCCCCAUUGUACUUAAAUUUCUCUGGAACUGACGUGUAGACAAUCAAAUUCACUGAGUGUGGAUUUUGUGACUUUA